AUGCUGGCACCCGAGAGAAAAGCCAACGAUGACUUUGUCUACCAUUCGGGGUUGAAGUUUGCACUAUUACCAGCAUACUAUCUCCCCGUUUGGUUCCAGGCGAUCAAGGGCGACUCGGCCGUCGAAAGCGGCAUCCAUAUCCUACCCUUCAUACUGGCUCUCGUCGUUGCAACCGUGCUCACCGGUGUCCUCAUAAGCUGUAUUGGCUACUAUACACCAUUUUUGAUCCUCGGCAUCUGCUUGGCGGCGGUCGGUUCAGGGUUGCUCACCACCCUUGGCGUCAAAACAUCGGCUGGCAAAUGGGUCGGUUACCAGCUCCUGUACGGGUUCGGUCUCGGGGCUUGUUUCCAGACUCCUAAUAUGGCUGCGCAGACAGUAUUGCCUCGCAAUGAGGUUUCGAUCGGUGCUUCGCUUAUGCUUUUUGGCCAGACACUAUUCGGCGCUAUUCUCGUCUCGAUCGAUCAGAACGUACUCGACGGCCAACUAGCUAAUCGCCUCGCGGGCAUCGCGGAUAUAACGCCGCAGCAGAUUGAGAAUGCCGGUGUGACCGGUAUUCUCGCGAUGAUUCCCUCGGAGUACCAUGAGGCGGCAUUGGAGGCGUACAAUGCCUCACUGCGUGUAUGCUUCCAAGUCGCGGUUGUCGUGGCCUGCCUUGCGCUCCUUGGCGGACUGGGCAUGGAGUGGCGAAGCGUCAAGGAGACGCAUACGCCUGAUGAUGAGUCUGCGACGGAGGAGGGUAGGGAAGGGGGCGAGAAGGAUGGCAAAGUGGACGAUGGGAAAGAAGAAGUUUGA